AUGCUUGCAAAGCUGAAAUCGAAUCCAUCCUACGCGCUUAUGGAAGGCUUCCUCGGACGACGUUACGAUGCAGCCAACAAAUUACUAAACCUCUCGACUAUUGCUGGAGAUCAAGAGAUCCUCCAAUCUGGCAUGUUUGCCUCAGAAGGUGCACAGAAGAAGUUCUUCCCUGCCCUCAUGAUCGUUUGCGAUGCCAUUCUUGAGACGCUAGAAGCAAAAGAGCAAGCAAUCCACAGCGUCACACUCGCCGGCAAUAACCUCCAAAAUACACACGCUGUUUACCAACUCUGCAAUCAUUUCCGCCACAUCCAGAACCUUGAUCUCAGCAACAACGCUUUUGCGACGCUGGACGCGCUAAAGCCUUGGAAAGGCCGCUUCAGGAACGUCGAACACCUCAUUGUCGACCGGUUCCCAACACCCAACUGGGAGGAUGAGAUCAUCUCUUGGUUUCCUAAACUCAAAAUUUUGAAUGGCAAUCAGGUUCGUCCUGACGCAGCAGUGGCAAACAACAAUGCAGCAAACGCACAGCAAAUACCACCAUCCACCACACCAACACCUAUACCAACGACUAUCGACCCGGAGCAGCAAAGGAAAGAAGAGAUGAUCCUCUAUGUUCAGCACGAAACCAACCUCAAGCGCGACUACGCCAUUCAAUGUCUGGAGGCUGGCCAGUGGAACAUCGAGCAAGCAGGCGCUCUCUUCGCACAAAGUCGAGAGUCUUUGCCAGCUGAAGCGUACAACUAG